CUGGUCAUUAGAACCACCCAGCCUCCAUCAUGAAGUCCAGCAGCCUCCUCCUUGUGGUGGUGCUUUUUGCCCUGGGAAUCCUAGCAUCCUGGGUUGUGGAAGGUUCUGAAAAGGGAGCUGUAAAAGCUGGAGCCUGCCCUUCUAGAAGACCUGCCAAUUGCCUUGUCUUUGAGAAACCCAAGUGCAAGUCUGACUGGCAGUGUCCAGGCAAGCAGAAAUGUUGCCGUGACUAUUGUGGCAUUAAAUGUCUAAAUCCUGUUGACAUCUCGAAACCAGUAAAUAAGAAGUCUGGAAGGUGCCCAGUGGUUGAUGCUCAUUGUUUGAUGCUUAACCCUCCCAACCUCUGUGAGACCGAUAGCCAGUGCGAGCGAAACUACAAGUGCUGCCCAGGCAUGUGUGGGAAAGCCUGUGUUCUUCCUUUGUCAGCUUGAUUCCCAUUAUUUGGAGGAGGCGGUGGAUUUGUGGGGUCUGGGAAUUACUUCUCUGAUCCUAAGCUUGAUCCUUUGAAGAAUACUUUGUUUCUAUCACCAAUAUCUUGUUUCUGCAAGUGCUUGGCACAUAGGAGGCGUUUUGGAAAUAUGGAUAAUCAGUGCAUAAAUAAACAAACA